ACAAUCUUCUUGACCCUACGAUCAGGCUGCGCCGCCGCCUUGAGUUCAGCCAUACAUAGCAUAUAUGCACCCCGUCUUUCUCAGUUCAGCGUUUGGCUGAAAUUACUCUGAUAACGGCUCUCUGGCCAGCCCGUGUCACUUUUUAGAUCUAUCUUUGUCUUCGCCCUUCCGUACCUCUCUUCAUUCCGAAAGCCGCAUCAAGUCAGCCGCCAAACGAACGAAUAGAGACAACGCCGAAAUGGACGACGAGGACGACGGCCUCUCUGCAGCCCGUCUUGAGCUCUGCGAACACAUCCAAAGCCUCCCCGAAAUUCCCAUCAGCGAGUUCAUGGGCUACUACAUGCCUCCUUCGCCCGUCGACGUCGACUCACUCGUGGACAAGCUCGCGCAGCGCUCUCAGGUUCUCAUUCGGAAAAAGGGUUUCACACAACACCCCUCACCCCUUUCGUCGUCUGGCAUGCCUAACUGGGCCGCAUUUAUCGAAUCUCCGGAGGCGCGCGCAACCAGCGGCGAGUACGAGAAAGAUGUCUUCGCCGACAUGGAAAGUAUCGCCGCGCAAAUUGUCGAGUGCUGUCGGGAUAUUGCUCCGCACUUGCAGCCGACGUAUCAGCUUCGAAGCAACGAUACAAGGAAUUUAUAUGGUCACGUCUACACCUACGCCCACCCUGACGGUCCCCGAGUCCUGGUUGGAAUGAAGCCGUCGGGUGGGUUCGUAGCCCCGUCGGAGGAAUAUGAGCCAAGGCUCUGCAACGCGGUGGAUAACUAUCAGGAAAUUGUCUGGAACAUGCACCAAACUAUGCGCAGCGACUAUACUCGCCGCUUCGUCUUUGGCGUAACAAUUCACAACACGAGCGUUCGCCUGUGGCACAUGAACCGCGAGUUGUUUAUCGUCAGCAACAGCUUCGACAUGUACAAGGAUUAUCGUACCUUUGCUGACAUGCACGCGCGUUUCGCCUUCGCCUCAAGGGACGAACUCGGCUACGAUCACACCAUGACGAAGCUUCAUCCCAAUUUACCAAAGGAUGAGCGGUACCGUGUCAGAGUGGGCGGCGAGUACUACAUCACCACACAAGUCCUGGAGAACUACGCUGCGCAGGAUAACUUCGGGCGCUGCACCCGUAUCUUCCGCGCGUACAAGGAGGACGACGAUUCUCGCGACGCUAAGUUCGCUAUCAAAGACGGCUGGCUGGGGCGCGAAAGCCAGCUCGAAGUCGAUGUCUACAAUGCCAUCAUGGCUGGCGUCGAGGCACACGACUGGUCGCAGUAUAGCGCGCCACCGAAGGAUGUCUCCGACUUCGUGAAGAACGUGAAGAAAUGGGAAGAAGUGCCUCCCGUCGAUUUUAAACAUGGCACCAACGUCGAUCGCAAGCAGUUCUUCAUGCCCAUCAUAGCGGGAGAACGUGUCAAGGCACGAAAUGGGCGCGACGACGACACGCGCGCCGUCAUCGCCAGGGGAUACAGCGACUCAUCUCAUCGUCGCCAAUUUUUGAGUCUUACUAAAGCCUCUACGACGGUCGACUUUCCAGCCGCCAGCAAGGCCGCCAGCGCUCGUACGAGCCGGAAGGAAGGGGUCGAAGGCGAUAAGAAGAAGGCCGCCGAGCCUUCUACGACUCCCGGCAUUUUCGCGCAACCAACUGCCCCUCGCGUCCAUCAUCGAUCCGUCAUGCUGCUCGCGACACCGCUAGACAAGAUCCAGUCCGUGAAGCAGGCAUUCAGUACAUUGUCCGAUGCCACGUACGGCCUCUUCAUCCUUCAUUGUCUAAAGUACUGCCAUCGCGAUAUAAGCCCUUACAACAUAUUUUCCGUCGACAGGCACGGCGUGCUGGGCGACUUCGAGUAUACCACGCACGCGGCCGCGACGGCGCAACCCUCACGGAUGACGGGUACCCCCAACUUCAUGGCUGUUGAAGUGAUGACGGGGACUUUUAUGGUCGAUCGGCACACGGCGAACGACAGUGACUUCAUCGAGGCUAUCUUUGCCAGACGGCACCUGAACUCAAUGCCCGAGGAUGUAUGGGAGUAUAGCAGUGUUCACGACCUUGAAUCCGUCUGGUGGAUCGCUCUCUGGCUACUAUUUUGCCACACGCUGCAACUCCCGUUCCUAGCGCCGCCCUACGACGUCGAAGUCCACGAAAGCAAGUAUCGCGAACUCUUCCCGGGACGCGUCGUCAUUGCCCAACCACGUUUCGACCAUUUGAAGGAUGCCAGGACGUUGAUCAAGACACUCUCGGUCCUGCCGCCUGUGUGCACGGAUACCGUCCAAGCGCCACUCUACCUCAUACGCAACUACCUCAUGCGCUACUACCAGCGUCUGGACGUGAACAGCCCGCCGCACCCCUUGAUGUGGUGGAUGAUCGGCCAUCUCCUCUGCCAGUCCCGGGGACAGCAGAUAGGUGGCGAUUUUGUAUCCUUCACAUCCCCGCAGCGUGCCGGGUCCCUCCCACCCGAGAAUGAGGUCGACCAACGCGAUGAAGAUGAUGACUCGGUCGCGAAGGUUCCUCCACCGUGUUCCAGUCAUCGCUCGGGAAUGGUACUGUUCCCACAACACGAGACUGCCCAUUCGGACGAGGAGGGCGACAAGCGAUUGCAUAUCGGUGCCCCUGUCAUCGCCAAGCGCAGCUUUUCGUGGGUGGACGACGAGACGCUCAAAGAGGACGGGGACAGUGACUCGAAGGAGGCUCAUCGUGCCGAGAAGAAACGGAGGCAGGCGGAACUGUAACAUGGAUAGGCCCUUCAGCUUAGCUAUCUGGAUAUGUAGGCUGUGUGCACGAUGACAGCUACGAUAGGUUCGUAAAUUGAACCUUACGACUGUAUAGUAGGGAACGCUAAGGGUUGCUAUCGAACUUUGUGAUUGGGAUACCAACAAAGUUCGAUGAAUCCAUGAUGUAUGUCCGUUUAUGCCAUAGCUCAGUGUCCUUUCCAGCCAUCCAAGUUGGUAUU